AUGUACAUCUCCUACCGCCGCCCCGCCACUUGUGGGGGGAAGCGUCGGUGCGAUUUUAUUUUUAUUCUUACUUUUUUUUGGUUUGUGUUCGUUCGUACGUUUUCGGCGCUGACUGUGUGUGUGCGUGUGUGCUGGUGUCCCUGCGGCGUGGCGUGGCUGCUCAGCCGUGUCUCGAUCCAACUCCCCCGCUGUCUCUGUGUGCGUGUGUGUGUAUGCUGUGCAUCUGCCCGUGUCUCUCCCUCCCAUGCUGCGUGCUCUCGUUGUGCCCGCUCGGUGCCGGCCCGACAGGAGAGUUUACACCGCAAGCAACAAGCGAAGUCCACAAAGGCCCAAGUGACAAUGAUGCUGCGCCGCGUCCUCUGCGUGCUUUUCCUUGCCCUCUGCUGUGCGUGCGUGUGCGCCACGGCUCAGGAGGAGGGGCAGUAUGAUGUUGCUGUUGUCGAGGCUGGGGAGGGCCAGGAUCAAACUACAACCACCACCACCACCACAACUACUACGACGACCACCACCACCACCAAUGCACCCGCCAAGAACACAACCACCUCCAAGGCACCGACUCCUGGCGACGGGAGCGGCCUCGGCGGCCCUUUGUGGGUUCAGGUGCCGCUGCUGCUGCUUGUCAGUGCCGCUGUGGCGACCGCCGGUGCUGCGUGCUGA